ACUCCUCCUCUUUAUAAACCCCUCUCCCUCUCGCGUUCCUUCUUUGUUUCCCCCAAAAUUGUAAACCUAAUAAUUCAUGGGCGAUGCCAAAGCGACGUCGUUUUACCUCCCACCCGGUUGCCGAUUCUACCCCUCCGAGGAGCAGCUCCUCUGCUACUACCUCUCCCGCAAGAACACCGCCGCCUCCGACGAGUCCGACCCCGGCGACAACGGCUACGAUUUGAUUAAAGAGCUCGACUUGUACGACCGCGACCCGUUUGAUUUGCCGGACUAUGCUUGCUACUCUUACGGCCGCGGCGGCCGGAGGCGGCACUGGUUCUGCUACACGGUUAGGGUUUUGAAGGAGCGGCGGGCGAGGAGCGGGUAUUGGAAGAGGAAGGGAAGGGUUAGGGACGUCGUCGGCGGCGGCGGCGGCGGAGGGAAGGCGGUGCUUGGCCGGAGGAGUAGCUUUGUGUUUUAUUUGGGGAAUUCGCCCAAGACUGCUGUGCGGACUGACUGGGUGCUCUAUCAGUACGCUCAGGUUGAUCAUCUUCAGGCCUCUUUUGUCCUCUGCCGAGUAUUUGUGAGAUCUCAGGGUGGAACUAACAUAUCAGAGAAUGGGUUAAGUUCAUGUGCUGAAGAAACUGUUUCCACAGUACGUCACAUUGGAAUUCAGCAUGAUGGAUUUUAUACUCCUCAUAUUGUUCCUGAGAUUGACGGUGACAAAUCUGUGCCUAGGAACACUGACAAGUCAAAAGAUCAAAAGAGACCGGAGACUGAGGUAGACAAGCAAGUUGAGACUCGGCUGGUAUCAAGUAUUCAGACUAAUGGACAGGUGCCACUAUUAAGUGUUAGCAAUCCAGUAUUGCUUGACGGUUUGUCCUCUGAGCAUCUACUAUCCCUUAUAGAGGGAGACUUCAUAGAGUUGGAUGAUCUCAUCGACUAAUCAUCCAAUACUAAUCUUAAAACAAUUGGAUCGGUCUUAUUAGACUUGGAUUAAAGAUUAGCUCUCAAAGAGGUGAAGCUUUACCUUAAUUUUCAGACUAAAAUAGCAGCUGAAGCAAUAUUCUGAGGUGGUAAAUUCUGAGUUCUACAGUUGUUCUGAUACUGUAAAUACACAACUAUGGAUAAGAAGGGAAGCCUAAGAUCAUUAACUUAAUGGUUGUGAAGUUUAGAAGCACGAUCACCAACUGUAAAGAUUUGCUUACGGCUUCAAAGGCGUGGUUUUCACUGAAACAAGAAAGACUAGAAAAUAUUUGAUUUGAACUUUAUUAGUAUUGGCUGCUUCACUGAGGAACACAAUCCGGCUGCCCCUGUAUCUACGAUAUGCAAACAUUACACUUAUGGAAACAUUAAGUUUUCCAUCACCUCUCUAGUGCCUUCUCUUAAUGAAGGAUCUCUGAUUAUGUUUCCCGUCUUCUUUCAGUUAUUGCAGAGAUUGAUAGAAGUCACAUAACUAUUAUCAGUUCAUUGGUGGCAUUCAGUUAAACAAAUUGUACUUUUGUUAUGCCAUUUAUUUGAUGCAGAGUUAAGUGUUG